UCACAUCUGUAGACUUUUUUCCCCCUCUUCUUGUCUCGGGGUCAGAGGAGAAGAGCCAGAGAAUGUCCAGCGCAGCAGGGAACCAGACCUCCUCUGGGGCCACAGAGGACUAUUCCUACGGCAGUUGGUACAUCGAUGAGCCCCAGGACAGCCAGGAGCUGCAGCCUGAAGGGGUAGUGCCGUCUUGCCACCCCAGUGUGCCGCCUGGCCUCCUCCAUACCAGCUUGGCUGUGCUGUCGGUGGUUGUGUUGCUGCUGCUGGCCCUGCUGGUGAGAUGCCGGCAGCUCUGGCCCCAUGGCGGACACAGCAGGUCCGGGCUGCCCAGCGCUGUGGACUUCCUGACUAUGGAUGGGCCCUGGACCGUGCCCGCUGCUAUCUUUAUGGUCCUCUUCAGCUCCCUGUGUCUGCUGCCCUUGGCUGAGGCCCCGCUGCCCUUCCUCACCCUGACUUCACCAUCCAGCCGAGAUGGGAAAACUGAGGCUCCAAGAGGACCCUGGAAGAUGCUGGCUCUGCUCUAUUACCCUGCCUUCUACUACUCCUUGGCCGCCUGUGCCACAGUCAGGCAUGCAGCCGCCCACCUGCUCGGCAGUGUGCUGUCCUGGGCUCACUUUGGUGUCCAGGUCUGGCAGAAGGCAGAGUGUCCCCAGGCGCCCAAGAUCUACAAAUACUACUCCCUGCUGGCUUCCAUGCCUCUCCUUUUGGGCCUUGGAUUCCUGAGCCUUUGGUACCCGGUGCAGCUUGUGAGAAGCUUCAGCCAGAGGACAGGAGUGGGCUUGGAGCGGCUGCAAAGCAGCUACCCUGAGGAAUAUCUGAGGACCCUCCUUUGCCUGAAGAAGCUGAGAAGCAGCUCCCACACAUCCAAGCAUGGCUUCCUGUCUCAGGCCUGGAUCUGCUUCAGACACUACAUCUACACUCCACAGCGAGGAUUCCGACUCCCACUGACGCUUGUGCUUUCAGCCACCCUGACAGGGACGGCCAUUUACCAGGUGGCCCUGCUGCUGCUGGUGGGUGUGGUACCCACCAUCCAGAAAGUGAGGGCGGGGAUCACCACGGACGUCUCCUACCUGCUGGCCGGUUUUGGGAUUGUGCUCUCAGAGGACAGGCAGGAGGUGGUGGAGCUGGUGAAGUACCACCUGUGGGCUCUGGAAGUUUGCUACAUCUCAGCCUUGGUCCUGUCCUGCUCACUCACCUUCCUCAUGCUGACCCGCUCGCUGGUGACACACAGGGCCAAUCUGCAAGCGCUACACCGAGGGGCUGCCCUGGACCUUGGCCCCCUGCCUCAGAGCCCUCACCCCUCUCGCCAGGCCAUAUUCUGUUGGAUGAACUUCAGCGCUUACCAGACUGCUUUUACCUGCCUUGGGCUCCUGACACAGCAGAUCAUCUUCUUCCUGGGGACCAUGGCCCUGGCCUUCCUGGUGUUUAUGCCUGUGCUCCAUGGCAGUAACCUUCUGCUCCUCCAAUCACUGGGGUCCUUGUGGCCUUUCUGGCUGACCUUGGCCUUGGCUGUAACUCUGCAGAACAUGGCAUCCCACUGGGUCUUUCUGAAGACUCACCAUGGAUGGCCAGAGCUGACCAACCGCUGCGCACUCUAUGCAGCCACCUUCCUUCUCUUCCCCAUCAACGUGCUGGUGGGCGUCAUGGUGGCCAUCUGGCGAGUGGUCCUCUCUGCCCUCUACAAUGCUGUCCACCUUGGUCAGAUGGACCUCAGCCUGCUGCCACCUGGAGCUGCCACUCUUGACCCUGGCUAUCGCACAUACUGCAACUUCUUGAAGAUUGAAGUCAACCAGUCGCAUCCAGGCAUGAUAGCCUUCUGUACCCUGCUCCUGCGAACACAGAAGCCCCGGCCCCAUCCGGCCCCCCAGGAUGGCCUCAGACUUGGAAUGGAAGAAGAAGGGAUGCAGCUGCUGCAGAUCAAUGACCCUGUGGCCAAGGGAACAGGGCCCAGAGCCCGCCAAGGCAGGGCUCGCUGGGGUCUGACCUACACGCUGCUGCACAAUCCAGCCCUACAGACCUUCCGGAAGAGGGCCCUGUCAGGUGCCCGGGCCAAUGGCACCCAGCCCUGAGGAGGGAACGCCAAGGCAUGUGUCUCCAUCUGUGCGCUUGCUUCCCCUCUUCCCAGCCCAUCCCUUCCCUGGUUCUCCCAGCAUUGCCCCAACCAUGGUAGGCUCUUAGCUUAGCACCAGCUCUGCCAGCAGGUCCCAGGAUCAGGAUCCCAGUGACCAGCCCCCAAGGCUGGAGGUCACUGUGGUUGAGUGGAGGUUGUCUGCAUUGUGAGCCUUGAGAGAGGGCUCUAUUCUGCUCCCUUGGCCUUGGGAAGCUAAGGGCUCUGAAGAAAGCAAUCAAUGGUUUAGGCCCUUGGUCCAGGAGCCAAUGGAGCCAGAAAAGCUAUAUCCAGGUCCCUCCCCUCACUGGCCCUGCUGCCAGCCUCCAGGGCCUCACUGAAGCUUUCUGCUGACCUGGAUUGGUGAUUCUAGCUGGGACAGCCUCGCUCCAGCAGCCCAGGAGAAAGCGAGUGGGAUCCUACUGGCAACAAAGUCAGAGCUCGCACAAGGCCCCACACCAAGCUGCCCACACUUGAGAGCUGAUAUUUUUCUAGUUGGUAUGCCUUUAGAUAUUAUAAAAGAGGUCAGUGUGCUCCCUGCAAUAAACUUGUCCUUGAGAAA